UACCGCUUUCCCCACACGAUCUACUGUUUAACCUCAGAAACGCCAUCCAAGUUUACUUUGUCAGAGACACGUAAAAGGUGUUCUUGUUAUGCAUGUACUUUUUUGGAGCUGUGUAUAAUUUAAAAGUGACAGUGAAAACUAUAACAAGAACAUGGACGAUACAGUGUUUUUAAUAUACAUACAGUCAUUUUAUAAAAGAUGUAAACGUCAUAUGUAAGUGGAUAAUUGGUAAAAAGUUUCAUUUUUGUGCUUCGCACAUUCCACUUACUCCCCAUCUGUCACGGAUUAAUAAUAGUUAACAGGAAAAUGGUUAAAGUAAUACAUAAAAAUCAUUAUAUCGCAUCUCCAAGACAUAGUGUGUCACCAACGCCUAUCCAUUCCAGAGAGAUAACUUACUCAGAUGGAGAAGAAAGCCAAAGAGCACCUUCAGAAAGAACACUUUCUGAAUAUACUUCAGUGCCAUACACCAUAGUAAAUGAAAGAAAUGGUCGCAGUAAAUAUCAUGGUGGUGUUACUACUCAUCCACCUCGGGCUGCUUCUGUCCUAAGUCGAGGAAGUGGAUACGAUAAUGGAUCAGAUAUUUAUGUUACAAGUGGGGCUUAUAAGGCACCGUCAGAAAUUAGUCGUAGUUCCCGAGCACCAGCACCAAGUCACUACUCGUAUCGAAGUGGAGCAGCGCCUUCUUUAACGAGUACCGUGAAAACACGUACUUCCAGGAAAGCAGGCGCUAAGAUGGAAGCUAUGGCAGCACCAAACCCUUUUUGUCCAAACAUCAAAGGAAUGUGUUGUCUUAUGCUAUUAUUAAAUCUAGGAAUAAUUUUGGUUACUCUCGGAUUUGUCAUCGUAAUACAAUUUUUUGAACCUGUUUAUGUAUGGGUACUUGGUAUCGUUUUUCUUAUUUUCGGUUUCCUUACGUUAAUUGGCAGUCUUAUAUACUGCGUUGUUAUUUGUAAGGACGUGAAAUCCCCGAAAGAUGUAAACCCAGAAAAUCUUUAUUGGACUCACCAUUGGCAGAAAACAAUCGGCUCUCCGGAAAUUCACUACAAAACAGAAGAAAAAUAUGCUGAUGACAGAUAUAGCGACAGAUACUCGAUAAGUAAAAUGUCUGGAAAGUAUUCAGAUAGAAACAGCAGAUAUUAAUUUAAAGUAUAUUCUAAAUACCAGUGAGGGAUGCUUCAAUUUUUAACACUUUGAUAGAGCAAGAUAUUUUUUCUAACGUAUGUGUUUAUGAAAUGUAACAAUAAUUAACAAUCAGCCCACUUCGUUCCCAGUUUGUUUAAAAUAAUGUCAUAUUAACAACAACAUCUAUACAUGAAGUUCGGAAAUAUUUAUAUCUAUUUAUUUUUAAAAUCUUGCUUUAAUUUUUCAAUUUUGUAAAUUAUUUUGAACAGUGUCGUACUGUCAUUCAAAAAAAAAAAAUGUGGGUACCUAGAUGUACUCAUCAUUUUUACAUUUUAUGGAAUGACAAGUUCCAUAUGCCAAGAAAGAUAUAAGAUUUUUUUUCUCAUGAGAUAUUACUUGAUCAUAUCCAGUCAUGUGAAAAAAUAAGAACAAAAUAACAUUUUUAAGAAAUACAAUUAACCAUGUUUAUUCUAAAAUAAACAGUUCUCUAAAUAGUUGUUUUUUUCUUUUGUAGGGCUAUUGAUAAAAUAAAAACAAAACUGUAACAGUUUUGAUUUAUAGUUCAGUCAACCCGCGUAAAAAUGGGCAACGGUGCAUUUUGAGUAGACAACGUUUUUUUAUUGGGUUUCGCAGAGGGGUCGGCCGUGAUUGCAAAACUGGGUUUGAAAAUGAAGGUGCAAUUGGUUUUUUGUUUUAUCCCCGUUACCGCAAGCUUGACAAAAAUGUUUAAAGUACAUCCUUGUAAAUAAUACAAUUAUCUAUAACUUUUAUUAACAACUAGGAAAUAAAAAUACUUAGGGAGAGAUAUCUCUUGUAUUCGCAAUUCUACAAAAAAAUGCUUCAUAGCAUUUUUAAAGAUAAUUUUCUAAUAAACAAUUUAAACCCAA